AUGAAACUCGGCCCAACGAAACACCGCAUCACCACAAAAUGGACAACCUUUUUGCAACGUUUCGCCUCAAUCCUGCUGGCAUUCGGUGCCAUUUUGACGCUUGCACUCAUCGUCUCAACAGGGAUUUUUCUCAAAACCAUAAAGGAACCCAAAAAUUUCUAUGAAAGAGAGUUCUCAAACAUCUAUCAGCCUCUUGUCGGCAUCCUCAUCGGUCUUCUCGUCAUCGCCGCCUUUCUCCCAUCAUUUUCCACGAUUAUUUUCAUCAUUCUUCUCAUUUUUCACUACUUUUUCAUGAAUUUCUUAAUGGCUACCGUAUUCGAUUCAAUAAUUUCGAAAUGGUUUCAUCUCCUCAUUUCUGUUUUCUUCCCGCACGCGUUGACGACAAUUUUCUCGUUUCGCGCUACUUGGAAACUGUCGAGAAAAGGUCCCUCCGAGGCUCCGCUUGGCCGUCUCCUCGAGAAUUGCAUGAGUCAUUCGCUAGGCAUUCUGCUGGCGCCAACUUUUUGUUACAUAUUAUUGUUAUUGGUUUGCCUUCCUUUCUCGAGUCUUCUCCUCCGUCCAUUGAUCUCCAUUCAAAUCUCUGCCAUUUUCGAGUUCUACUUAAUGAUUCUAAUAUUUCUACCGCCAUACCUCUUCUUAAAGCAAAAAGGAGCACUUUCGUUAUUCUCGUGGAGUCCUCUCUCGAAAUGUCAUCCAAUUUACAAUCUCCGUUUGUCUGUCGAAGAGAAAUACAUUCGUCUCUCACAUUUUCUCGCAAACACCCUAUCGUUGGCGAUCACGAAACUGAAAAUCGUGUUUCUCGGGCUGUUUGCAGUUCAAUUUUUCAUAAUUAUAAUUUUGCUAUUCGGUCAACUCUCGGUGAGCUUUAUCUUGGCCUCAAAGUACGAGAUUUUUGUGGCCAAUGGGACGAGUGCAGUCGAAUUUUUUGCCUCAAAGGGCUCAAAUCGUGAUUUCUGGUGUAUCCUUGUCACCCUUUUCUCCUCAUCAGCAAUCCUCUCUCUCUUCACUCUUCGCAACAUUGCUCUUUCAGCGAUUCUUAUGUGCUCGACGAUGAAUUCGGUUUUAUCUACGGGAAUUAUUAUUAUGGGUACCUAUUCGUUGGAGUCUCUCGAAGCGCAUUUCGCGCUCAUCACCUCUUUUCUAAUCGCUUUCGAUUUGAACUUGAAAUUUUGUCUUUUCUAUAGAGGUAGCCAUCGUGGUUCUCGGACCUCACGUAGCAGUGCCUCUUUCCAUCAGGCUCUCUCCUCUUUCGUUGGUCCCACAUUCUCCUCAAUUCUCCUCUCAAUCACUCUAUUCUUUUGCACAAAGAAUACGAUCUAUACGGUAUUCCUGUUCGUUCUUUUGUGGAAUUUGAUCCUGGUGCUUUUCUUUACAGCUUCUUUGUUGACAGUGGCGGGUCCAAUCGAUAAUGGAUGGUUUUGCGGGGGAACGACGGCCAGUCAAUACACAUCCGAGUGCACUGAUCGAAUGGUUUCAACGCAUGAUUUGAAUGACACGCGACGAUUCAGCUCUGUUAACUAUUCGGGUCUCUACAAGAAGCGAAUGUCUCUAUCAGUGGCACCAUCAGUGAGAAGAGCCUCGAUGCCAGUGGUGGCUUUGGCUAAUUCAAAGCACAACACACCCGGAUGCAGUGCAAGGAAAUUCUCAGCUGUCACCUAUAUGGGUAAACGGGGUAUGUCAAUUGAUGGUGUGUCUUUGCCGGGAAAUCGAUCGAUUCUCCGAAAAGAGCCUCUUCUCCAUUCACAGCAUUCGAUCAACAGCCAACACUCAAUUGGCAGUCAGAAUAAA